AUGGAAAUUCAAAAGGUGCAGAAAAAACAGUGUGAUAUGAGAACAGAUCUGAACUUACUGCUUGAAUGCCUUAAAUAUCAGAUGGACUGCCCUGUAUCUCAGAAAGAGGCUUUGAUCACUAUUUAUUCCAUUUGUCAACAAAACAGUGAAGCAAGCGAAUAUUUUCGAGAAAUUGGUGGUUUGAUGUUUAUAAAUGAUCUUGCAAAGUCAAGUGUUCAUUGCAUAGUAAAGGAAGCAGCUUUAUUUACAUUAGGAAUUAUAGUAGAGAGUAAUGUUUAUUGUCAACAAACUUUGUGUACUUCUGCAUUGUUUGAAGACCUCAUUUUAUUUUUAAUUAAUAAGGAUUCUGGUGUGAACUUGAAAAGAAUGUCUGUUUAUGUCAUCUUAGUACUGGUUUCAAAUAACAAAAGUGGGCAAACUUAUGUCAGAGAUACAGGCUGCAUUGGUCUUCUGCUGCAGUUAUUCAGAACAACUCUUUCCACAUCUGAGAUGAAUCUGUCAGAUGAAAAUACUAAUCAGUGCUAUCAGCUGUGGUCUUCAGUAUGCAGUACUCUCUGUGCAUGUGUUAACAAUCCUCAGAAUGAAGAUAAUCAAAACAUUUGCUGUUCAGUUUUUCCAUAUGCCAAAGAGUGGCUCGAAAGUUGCAUGGAGCCUGAGAUAGUUCGUCCUAUUUGUUCAUUUGUUGGUCUCACAGUUGCGAAUAACUCAUAUGUGCAGAAGUAUUUUGUUUCUGUUGGAGGAUUGGAUACAUUAGCUAAAGUUCUCAUCAAGCUCAUGCAUGAUUCCUGUAUGAGUCACUCAAGCACAAAACUUGCAGUAGUAGUAACAAAGACUCUGGAUGCCUGCAUUGCUAAUGAUUCUGCCAUGGGUGUUGUCUUGACAAAGUAUCACACCGUGUCAGAGCUACUGAAGCUGCUGUCCAAUGACACUCUGGAUACAGGAGAAAAAAUUAGUAUUAUUCUAGCAAUUGGACACUGUACUGAAGUUUGUGAAGAAAACCAGUGUGAACUGCUCCAGAACAACGGUCUUCCACUCAUGAUUCAGGUAUUAACCGAGUCUCAGGAUGAGGAACUAAACAAAGCUGCUACUUUUGUGCUGCAAAACUGCAAACAAAUGACUGAGCAAUUGUCCCUGAAAAUAAAUGAUAAUUCAUUAAACGUGAACAAUGCAGAAGAGUUGGACGUGCAAGUCAGAAAAAGAAGUCUACAAGACUACUGGAAGAAAGCAAAAGAAAUUUUACACAGAAUAAGCUUGAUUGAAAAAGUCCAUGAUGAGGAAAGAGUGCAAGGAGGAGUAUUUGUAGACAGAUCUUCAGAAGCCAAUAUUGAAGCAUCAAAAUACUAUGAAGUGAAUCCUGCUGAUCCAAAAACGUAUAUAGAAAGAACACAUAAAGAAUUACAUUGUCCACAGUUGACCUCUAAGUUGGAUGAUCAGGUUCUUCCUUCAUCUGUAAAUUCUUCUCCACUGAAAAAUGAAAUAGUGAACACUAUGGAUCCCGUAAAUGCUUCUACUAGACAAAGUGAACAGAGUAAUAUUCGAUGUUCAGUCAAUGAACUGCAAAGAGACAGUGUACUUCAGAGUCACAGUAUAAAUGACAAAACUGCUUGUGUAAAAAAUCAGUCUAUUCUUCAAGUAAGUGAACACUUAUUUAAACAACCAGCAGAGAUUGUUAAAAAUAUGAAACAGACAUGCACAUCAGAUCAACAUUCAUUCUACUCGGAGAUAACCAAGGAAGAAAAAAGUACUUCAACUACAUCUGCAUCCUAUAAAAUGGCAGAUUUAAGGUGUUUAGGUUGUACAGCAAGAGGACUGUCCUUCAAUAGUAAAACCUUUACCAAGAUGUUGCAAAGUUGUCCAUACCAGUGUGACCGUCACAAAGUCAUUCUGGAAGCUGAAGAAAGAUACAAAAAGGAACUUCGCAAAUUGGCUGUUUGUAACAACAGUAGAUAUGCAACUCACGAGAAAAUACUGCUGACCCCAGUGAAGAAGGACAGACUGCAUACAGAAGCAUCAACUUCUACGAGCAAAAAGGAUAGUUUCCAAAGUAUUCUUUUGACUCCAAUUAGAAAAAACAAACCUGAUACUUCAAAUAGAGAUGAACAUAUGAAAAAUAUUAGGUUGACUGAUGACUAUAACCUGAUACCUACAUAUGAAAAGUCUUCCCAAAAAACCCAAGAUGCUAACUUGAAGAGACAAAGAGUCAAAGAAAUGUGCAACCAGCAAUGUCAGCGCUUAAAAGAAAAUUGCAUAUAUUCACUUGACAAAGAUGAGAACGGUGAGAUAUGUUCCCUGGACAUGAACACAAGAAGUUUAAAAAAGAGAAGAAGAACCCGAAAAGACUUCACGACUGAAGAAAUUAAUUGUCUUUGGAGUGGAGUGAAAGAAAUGGGUAAUCACUGGAAUUUAAUUUUGUGGUCUUAUCCAUUUCAGAAAGGACGGACAAGUGUUGAUCUUUCCAAGAAAUACUACAGGUUACAGUUGCAAGUAAUCCUAAUUUAA